AUGGCUGACCUUCUGCCACUGGACAGCCUGGUGGUCAACACAGCCUUCCUGAAGGUUCAGGGGAUUGAUCGCGAGGAGCUGAGGAAGCAGAGGCUCUCGCAGACGCUGCCCGUACCCAAGAACUCCUCCACGGUGCGGGAGGCGCUGGGCGACACGUUCGAGUCGCUCUGCGAGCAGCAGCCUAUUGGGAGGAAGCUGUUCCAACAGUUCCUCCUGGCCUCAGACCCGCAGUGUGCUGCCACCGCGGAGUUCCUGGAGGAGCUGAACAGCUGGAGCUUUGCCGCGGACGAAACCAGGGAGAAGGUCAAACGGAGCAUCCUGGACAAGUUCUGUCAGCCCCAGUCCAAGAGUUACCUUUCCUACCUUACGGGACAGGAUGCCGACAGGCGCAGGACUUCGCCAGAUAUGAAUUUUAAUGACGUGAUGAUGGAGCAGAUGAGAGAGGCCACGAGGGAUUUCCUGAAGGGGAAACCGUUCUCCGACUACCUGAGCAGCCCCUUCUUUUACAGGUUCCUGCAGUGGAAGGAGUUCGAGAGGCAGAAGAUCAGCGACAAGUACUUCUAUAUGUUUAGGACGCUGGGAAAAGGAGGCUUUGGAGAGGUGUGUGCGGUGCAGGUGAAACACACGGGCCACAUGUACGCCUGCAAGAAGCUGGAUAAGAGGCGGCUGAAGGUGAAACGGGGCGAGAAGCUGGCGCUGCUGGAGAAGCAGAUCCUGGAGAAGGUCAACAGCCUGUUCGUGGUGAACCUGGCGUACGCCUACGACAACAAGACCCACCUGUGCCUGGUCAUGGACCUCAUGAACGGAGGAGACCUCAGGUUCCACAUCUACGAGCUGGGACGGCGGGGUAUCUGCAUGGAGCGCGUGGUCUACUACACGGCCCAGAUCAUCACUGGGAUACUCCACCUGCACUCCAUGGACAUCGUGUACCGGGACAUGAAGCCCGAGAACGUUCUGAUCGACGGCAAAGGCCACUGCCGCCUGUCGGACUUCGGCCUGGCCUUGGAACUGCCAAAGGGUAAAAUGAUCUGCCAGAAGGCCGGGACCACCGGCUACAUGGCCCCGGAGAUCCUGAGGCAGGAGUACUACCGCACGUCCGUGGACUGGUGGGCUCUGGGCUGCAGCAUCUACGAGAUGGUGGCUGCCCGGCUGCCGUUCAUAGACCUGCGCGAGAAGGUGCAGCACGAGGAGGUGACUCGACGCACGCUGGAGGACGAGUGCAGGUUCGAGCACAAGCACUUCGACGCGCCCACGAGGGACAUCGUCAGUCGCUUCCUCAAGAAGAAGGUGGAGCGUCGCCUGGGGUGUCGUUCUGGCGGCGGAGACCCACGGAACCACGCGUUCUUCAGCGACAUCAACUUCCACCACCUGGAGGCGGGGCUGGUUCCGGCCCCCUGGGUGCCAAAGGCCGACAUCGUGUACGCCAAGGACGUGGAGGAGGUGCGGGACGCGUCCGAGGUGCAGCAGGUCGAGCUCGACGCCAAAGACGAGAGGUUCUUCGCGGAGUUCAGCACGGGCGCCGUCCCCAUCCGCUGGCAGAAGGAGAUGAUUGACAGCGGCGUGUUCGACGAGCUCAACGGACGCGGCUCCGGCGCCGUGCUGCAGUCCAGCAUGUGUGGGAUCCUGUGAUCGGCCCAUGUCGUUGCCAUGACGACCACUUUCCCCGCCGGUACUUGAAAAUGCACUAAUGCCCUUUAAUGACGCUGCCUCAUCACCUGCCCGAGUCGCAGUUCGCUCGCAAACGAAAGCGGACGUCGGCUGUUGCAGGCGUUCGCCACUAAGUGCCGCCAGACGCCCGCGAAGGCCGCUCGGCUCCGCUCGGCUUCGCUCGGCUCCGCUCGGCUCCGCUCGGCCUCCAGCGGCGCCCCCCUCCGCCGCCUCCCCCGGCGCAGCCCUGGGACUAUUUACAAGCACUGGAUGACUUUAACGAGGGCACGCAGGCGGACAAAUUGUCCUAUUUAAAGCAGUUUUUCCGUUAAGACAUGUUUACCUAAACGUUGUGGCAUUAACGAGGCAAUGCCGCCCCCCCCCCCGCUUGGUGUUUACAAGCCAACCGGAGCCUUAGCAGGAGACACACAGGCAACGUAGCAACAAUCAGCGACACAGCGUGUUCUGUUUAGUCUUCAUCAGCGUGUAAUUCUCAUAUUGCCAGUAGAUUUUUAAAGCUCUCCACUGACACCACAAAAACAUGCCAAUAUUUUCUGUGCAUUAUUUUUUAAUCGAAGUGAAUGUUUUUUGCUCUAUUCUUGCUCCAUGCAUUAAAAUAUGAUUUGCCAUA